AUGGCAACCUUUAUUGGUCGGGUGUACCCUGGCCUGUUUCUGGCCUUAUAUGGACUGUAUCAGGCAACAGUGGUUUCUAAAGUCAUGAUAUUCAGUGGCUUCCUCCUGUACCCUUCAGGCCUUCUAUAUAAGGAAAGAUGGGCCAGGCUAUGGGAAAUCUCCCAACAGUUCUCCAUGUUCACGCUCCUCACUCUCAUUGGCUUUGUAGAUGUCAUCAGCAAGAAUGUACUGCCCCAGAAGCGUGUGGUCCUAGGAUGCUACUUCCUCCUGCUGCAGCUGCUGGCAUCCCUCAUUCAGGGCUCAUCAGGGACGGAGCUACAAGUUCAUUCUCUGCUCAUCUUGGUGCUGCUGCUGCUGCUGCUGGUGUUGACGGCAGAGAUGUCUCCUGAUGUGAUUCACCUCUGGAUGGUUGAGACCUCUCUGUGUCUGAUGAUGGGCUUCUGCCUGAUGUGAGUGAGCUUCAUUUUAUUCAGACCAGUCUCUGGUUACCUAUUGGAGGAGAGUGACAUUGACCCCAUCUUGUUUGUUACCACCGUCUUCUGCUGGCCUGUGAUAACAAAUGCUUCAUGCCUGUUGGGACUGGCCGCCUUCUCUUCUUUUUGGCAUCAUCAUUACAGUCCCAGUUUGAAGAUGACAGGGUCCAAAGAAGCGCCAUAUCAUAAGAGUACUCCAGAACUCUUCUGUAGGCUAAUGCAGGAAGUAGUGCAGCCAGAGAGAAGACCCAGCUUCCCUUCUCUCCUUUCCAAAAGCUCACCCUGA